GACGAACCAAAAGCAUUUCCGGUCCACAUGCAAGCGUUUGAGGUGUGAUUUUGUUUAUCAAAGCUCGUAUAUAUAUAUUUAUAUAUUUUUUUUUGUUUUAUUCGUGGAGGUUAGUAACGUCAAUGAAAAAUGAAGUUACUUACGCAUAACAUGCUGACCUCUCAUGUAAAAGGAGUCACGAAAGGAUACCCGCUGCUCAUAAAGGCGACCGAGGUGAAAUUUAACGAGGUGGAGUUUAACCCUGAAUUUAUUAGUAGGAUGAUUCCCAAACUGGAGUGGAGUGCUCUUAUCCAUGCUGCACAGGAGCUGGGACACCGACAAGACUUGCCUGAUGAUCUUCUUCCAGAUUAUGACAAAAAUGAAGAAUUCCUGAAGAAAGUACACAGAGCACUACUUGAGGUGGAGGUGAUGGAGGGCUGUCUUAAAUGCCCUGAAUCAGGGAGGGAGUUUCCCAUUUCCAGAGGCAUUCCGAAUAUGCUGCUGAACGAAGACGAGGUGUAGACACCAGAUCACUGGUUUACAACUCUAUGAGUGUUCAAAAACAGCCCGUUAUUGAAAGGUUUUUAUUCAGAUUGAUGCAGGACUUUGAUUAGAACAAAGACAUCUUUGAAUAUUGUUAGUUUCAUUUGUGUUAAAAUGUCAAAUUUGUAAUUUGAAAUAUUACACCAGUUUGUCUGUAUUUUUAUUUAUUUUUAAUUUUUGAGACUAAUAACUUUACAAUAAAACUUUCCUCAUUUCCGUGACAACUAAA